AUGAAACGACUCCUCGGUACCGUUGCCCAACGGGCCGCAGCAUCAACUUUAACCAAAGAGGCCGGUGACAUCAGUUCGGUCUUCCCGUCACUGUCUGGCAAGAAGCCUGACCCGCUACCGUCACGGUUCAGCGAGUUGAAAAAGUCGUUGAUUCAAGGCAAUGAAGAAGCACUCGCUGCGUCCUGGCAGAGGCUCCUUGUCAGCCUGAGGAGAGAGAUUCAAGAGAUCAAGUCAGAAGGCAGCAAUAUCAUACCCAGCAUCGAGUACAAGGACCUCGCCGCUGGCACUGUCCCUCGUGCAGAGAUCGACGCCGUACGCCACCGGGGCACGGCCGUCAUUCGGAACGUCUUGCCCCGAGACCAGGCACUGGCGUUGAAGCAGCAGGCCCAGGACUAUAUCGCUGCCAACAAGCCCAAGGUCAAGGCCUUCCCGCCAGACAACCCAGCGGUAUACGAGUUGUACUGGACGCCUUCACAGGUCCAAGCUCGUGCGCAUCCGAACAUGCUGAAAGUACAAUCGUUCCUGGCUUCCUUUUGGCAUUCGUCCGACCCGAAGUCGGAAAUUUCGACAACCUACCCUCUCACCUAUGCCGACCGCUUUCGCAUCCGUCAGCCAGGCGAUGCCAAGUUCGCAUUGGGCCCGCACACUGACGGCGGCAGCCUUGAGCGAUGGGAAGACCCGGAAUAUUCCCGAGUAUAUCAGGCUAUCCUCAACGGUAGUUGGGAAGCUUACGACCCAUACGACGCUCGCUAUCGGAUCAACGCGCGGAUGGACCUGUACAAUGGCGCAGGCGCAUGUAGCAUGUUCCGCCUCUUCCAAGGAUGGUUGAGCAUGUCGUCCACCGGACCAGGAGAAGGAACGCUCACACUAUGUCCCUUGGUGAGACACGCGACGUCUUACCUGAUCAUGAGGCCAUUCUUUGACCCAGCGUCCGGCAAGUUGAAUUUGGACGCGACGUUCCCCAACUCGGUUCCUGGUGCGUGUCAAGAGUACAACACCCAGACACAUCCAGACCUGGACCUCGAGAGCACCAUGGUCAGUAUCCCCCAGGUCGAACCCGGCGAUUAUGUGGCCUGGCAUUGUGACAUGAUUCACGCAGUGGACAAGGAACACCACGGGAGGGGAGAUAGUAGUGUCUUGUACAUUCCUGCAUGUGCCAUGACAAGAUCAAAUCUGGAGUUUCUCAACAGACAGCGUCAUAGUGCGUUGAGGUAUAGUCCGCCGCCAGACUUCCCGGGCGCUGGUGGCGACGGCGAACUCGGCUUCAGAGACGCUGUAGAUUGGACCAAGGUCAACGAAGAAGGAUUGAGAGCUAUGGGCUUGGGUAAGAGGACUUGGGACAUCAAGGCCGGCAUGACUCAGGGAGAAAGAAGCAUUAUUGAGGAAGGAAAUCGUACCUUGUUUGGAUGA